CAGAAACUAACGCUGAAACUAAAGGAACAAAGAUGAUGCGCCCUGCUGAGUCCCAGAUUAUAGUAAUUGUCUUCUCUGUUCGCACCAGUAGUUCCGUUUUUUCUAGUGUCCAUGAUCGACGGGAACAGCCGGUUGAUUGGAUCGAUAUACCCCUUAAGAUUUUUGGGGAAUCAACAAUCACCUUGCCAGGUCAAGUUCCCGCGGAACUUCGGAAAUCGUUAAUUCGAGUGUUAAACGGCUACGAAGAAGUAUUGAGCGUACACGAUAACGACAUCGCAUUAACUAAUGUGAUCGAGCAUGCCAUUCUCACGGGAGAUCAUCCACCCAUUAGCUGCGCUCCCUACCGAUACUCGCCAGCUCAAAGAGCUGCCGCUUCUCAGCGGAUUAAGGAGUUCGAAGCUAAUGGAUGGAUCGAGCCUGCUAUAGGUCCAUGGUCUUUCCCUGUGGUGAUCGUACCUAAAAAGGCUGGAGGGAUUCAGAUUUGCAUUGAUUAUCGAAAAUUGAACGAUAUCACGAUCAAAGAUGUGUAUCCCCUCCCCCGGAUUGAUGAGUUGCUGGAUGCGAUUGGGAGUGCUCGAUUUUUCAGCAAGUUUGAUGUUCGCCAUGGGUUUCAUCACCUUCUUGUUCGUGAGGAAGAUCGUCCGAAAAUAACGUUCGUGCUUUUCGAAGGUACAUGGCAGUGGAUUCGAUGUCCGAUGGGUAUCUGCAAUGCCCCUGCGACCUUUCAGCGGGCCAUGAACAUGGCUUUUCAGAAUUUCGUAAGGAAGACUCGUUUGGCGCAGAGCAUCAUCAACUACUGCGUGAUUGUGUACAUGGAUGACAUCCUGGUGUAUUCAAGUUCCUACGAGGGACACGUGCAACACAUUGAAUGGGCACUGCAUGCGUUACGAGAUGCAGGUUCCAAAGUGGCACUUGAGAAGUGUCAGUUUUUCCUCACCACCAUUUCCUUCCUAGGGCACGUGGUGGCGGACAAGGGACUCCAACCGGAACUGCAGAAAGUGGCAGCUGUCAGGGACGCGCCGGUGCCUACGACUAUCACGCAAGUUCGCGCCUUUCUGGGCCUAGCCUCGUACUACCGAAGAUUUAUCAAGAGCUUCGCGGUGAUUGCGGGACCCCUCACAAAUCUGUUGCGCAAGGAUCAGCCGUUGAUCUGGACGUCGGAAUGCGAUCAAGCGUUUUCCACACUCAAGGCCGCUCUCAUUUCGCCUCCGGUCCUUAUAAGACCGGAUCCCGAAAAACCUUUCGUUCUCAUCACUGACUGGCAGCCAGAGGCGAUUUCGGCGAUCCUUGCCCAGGUGGGACCAAGCGGACUCGAGAGUGUGGUGGAGUAUGCGUCCAAAUCAGUGCCCGCCUGCAAGCGCAACUACGCCGCUCAAACGAGUGAAUGCUAUGCGGCUCUCUGGGGAAUCAGUCACUUUCGUGCUUACCUGUACGGGCGAAGAUUCACCAUGGUGACUGAUCAUGAGCCCCUGUUGGCUCUGAAGAAGUGGAAGGAUUACUCGGGCAUGAUCGGACGAUGGGCAACGGUGCUGCAAAGCAUGGACUUUGACAUUCGUCAUCGGAAGCACGAGAGACACGGGAAUGCAGACGGACUGACACGGCUGCACCGGCCUGAGAAAGUUCCGAAGAAUGAGGAGGUGAUUCCGUGGAACGAGCCUAAACAGGAGGUGACGUGGACGGGCACUAGUGAGCAUCCCACGUGGAUCGAGAAUCCGGAGCUGCUGAUCAUACAGGCUUGGAGGACUAACGAGGAAGAAGAUCUUCUUGGCUUUCUCUUCGGAUGGGUACGGCCGGGUCGACGCCACCUGAUUGCGCAGGAGCUUAUCGCACCGAUCGUGCAAUUGGCAGACGAUCUCUCGCCCGACAUCUAUUUUCAGAGUGACAACAGUCCUGCUCCGUACAUUUUCGAGCAAUCAUUGGACCCGUACCUUCAGUGGAGCGCGUGUUUGGAGGAACCUAGGGACGAGGAUACGUUAACAUCGCGACAUGAGUAUCUAAAGCCGUACGAGAUCAUCCCUCACGCCUUCUAUCCAAGGGCAGAGGAAGUGGUGAUCGACGAUGACGACGACGAGGAAACAUCGGAGGAGGGAAGCUAUAGUGAACAUAGCGAGGGUGAGCUGAGUGAGGAAGAAGAAGAAGAAGAAGAAGCCGGGUCCGAGUGGGAAGCCUUGCCGGAAGAAGCGACGCGCACGGGAACGGAGGCGGAAGAUCCGGAAGCGGCGCGAAGGCGCGAAGAAAUUGCCACCAGGAAGCGCCAGCUGGAGUUCGCCAUCCAAGCUAGCCUGCGCAUCGGCAACGAUCCGACCAGGGACCCAGAGCCGCCGAAUCCCGAAGAUGGCGACCCUGCAGCCGCCACUUCAAGUACCGCGCGACGGAGACGGAGCCGAUCCCCCUCCUCCCCCAGCCCUACUCGUCCCCCAGUUCGCCCACGUACCAAUGCGGGCAAUAGGCCUUCGUCCUUGAUCGUUGUCCCGCCGACCCCUUGAUUUCCUCACCCUUGAGCAGAUCUGUACCUCCGUCACCUUCCCCUCCCAUCCUUUCCACCCCCAUCUCUUCCGCGACUUCUACUCUACCCGUCUA